ACCCACUCCCGUCUCAAGCGCCGGUAAACUUCAGCACGCCCCAAUCUCCUCCAUUCACCACAAACCCUAACCGCCCCCUCUCGCGCCGCGCCGCGCCGCCCCGCGCCACCGUCCUCCUCGCCGGCGGAAGCUAUCCUCUACGCGGGCGCGGCGGAGUUGCCGCGAUGGCAUCCUCGGCCAAAGUCACCAUCACCCUCGGACGCAGCGGCCAGGUUGUUAAAAGGCGAACUAUUUCUGAUAUUGGUAUUGAUGAUGAAUUGCCAGUAUCAGGAAGAAAGCGACCUGUUAGAGAGAGAUUAGGAAAUACUGUGGUUGAUCCUGAUUCGUAUGGAGGCAAGCAGGGUAAUAAAAGACGGCAAACAGAAAGCAGUAGCUUGCAGAUUGGAGAUGAUGGUUUGGUUGAAGUUCGCCAGAUUGGCAGGCAUGAUUUAAGGCUGAAGCUAAUGAGGAAAGGCUUGUCAAAGAAGAGCAACAGUGAGACAGAACAGAAUGGAGUGGAUCUCCGUGAAAAGCUUUCACGGAAUUCAAAGAAUCUCCAGGGAUAUGAAGCAAGAGGGCGUGUUCCAGAAUCAAGAUCUAGUUAUGAUGUGAGAGAGGUCCCAGAAUCAGGAUCUGGGUAUGGUUCGAGGGGGAGAGUCCCAGAGUCAAGAGCCUCUACUCUUGCAAGCCAAUUGCCCUCUGCAAGGUGUGCAGACGAUUUGAUCAAGUUUGAUUCUUCAGGAAAACCUUAUUCCUCAUGGACUGCUGGUGGUUUGAGGCAUAGCUCCCCAGACAAUCUUCCAAGUGUUAGAAGAGACUUGACCCCCCCAAGAAGUGUUCGAAGAGGCAUGUCUCCUCCAAGGAGUGUCCGAAGAGGCAUGUCUCCUCGAAGAAGAGGCAUGUCUCCCCCAAGAAGUGUUCAAAGAGGCAUGUCUCCCCUAAGAAGUGUUCGAAGAGGCUUGUCUCCCCCAAGAAGCGGUCGAAGAGGCUCGUCUCCUCCAAGAAGUGUUCGAAGAGGCGUAUCUCCCCCAAGAAGUGUUCGAAGAGGCAUGUCUCCCCCAAGAACGUAUGACCAGGCCAGGUCCAUUCCACCCCCUGGAUCUGUCGGUGCCACAAGAUCUUCAAGUCACAUCGCAAGAGAUGUUCCUGACACAUUAAGAACCCAUCAACCUUACGAAGGAAAUUCUACCAUUUUGCUUGAUACAGUACAACCAGCUAAUGGAAUCAGUUCAUCUGGCGCACGUCUGCCUAUGGACACUGUACUGACAGAAGUACCGCUGACAGUUACUGGAUUACUGAAUUCACUGGGACUUGAGAAGUAUGUUUGUCUCUUUCAGGGCGAGGAGGUGGAUAUGACUGCGUUGAGUCAGAUGAAAGAUGGCGACCUGAAAGAUAUGGGAGUACCAAUGAGUUUGUCAUGGAUCAGGGACCUAGGAAGAAGAUUCUCCAAGCAGCGGCGCCCUAUGCAAAACAAUGGCAAAGAUGCCCGAUGAUCUAGGACGUGGAACAUUGGCUGGGGAAUGCAAUUUACUGAUGUAAGCUACCCUGCUGCGGAUCUUGUAUAUCCUCACUGGUAGCCUGUCUUAGUUAACCUUAUUUUUGUUGCUGAUAGAUUAUUGCUGCCAUGUUGUUGGCUUGUAUAAAGUCAUCUAUGUCAGCUGAUGCUCCCAAUUCUUCCAUUCACGAUCUGCUACCCGUCAGUAAUUGUGAACAGUGGCAGGCUUUAAAACAGAUGGGUACAUAUGGGUCUAGCAGCGUGAUCGGCCUGGUUUUUUUUUUUUUUUUUUUUUUUUUUUGUAUUUCGGGAACAUGUGGGAGUGACAACUAAUCCAAUCAAUUAUGUAUGCCAAAUGGCCAUCAAAUUCA